CGUUCCCAUCCAACAGAAAGUCAGAAACAUAAUAUAGUCAUAGAACACCUACCUACGCGGAAAAAUAUCAGACGGGGAAACAACAGAACAACCUUCAUCAAUGAACGCUCACCGCCGGCCGACUGUCGAGUCGGACACCGAUGAUUCCGACUCGGAGACGAUGCGAUGCCUCUCGUGCAAGGAAGAUUACGACUCGAUCGACGCCGGAACCUGCAAGGAGUGCUACGACGAGGCAACCGAGACCGAGCAAGAGUUGAAGAAAGAGAUCGACGAUCUCAAGGCUAAGAUCGCCUUCUUGAAAUUCUGCUCCCCUGUCGGUCAGAACCACUUCGACGGCAAAUUCUCCGACGUCGUCUUGGUCGCCUCCGACGACCAAGGCCCCGAUUGCUCGUCUCCGUUGCCCGUCCCUGCUCACAAGGCCGUUCUGGCAAGCCGCUCCCCUGUAUUCAGAGCAAUGCUUGAGAACCAAAUGGAAGAGAGCAUCAGUGGAACCAUAAAAAUCCCCGACGUAUCAUACGAUGCACUCAGAACCUUUGUCAACUACAUGUACACAGCUGAAGCACGCCUCGAUGAACAGAUGGCCUGCGACCUUUUGGUGCUGGCAGAGAAGUAUCAGAUCAAGUAUCUCAAAGGUUACUGUGAGACCUUUCUGAUCUCCAGAUUGAACUGGGAUAGCUCGUUGAUGAGCUAUGCGUUCGCUCACCAGCACAACGCAAGGCAUGUGCUCCAAGCUUCGUUGUCUCUGAUCACGGAGAACAUGGACAAGCUCACUACACGGGAGGAGUAUUUGGAGCUGGUGGAGAAAGAUCCGAGGCUUGUGGUGGAGAUAUACGAAGCAUAUCUUGGGAAACAGGUGAAUACUGCUGCAGCUCGCGGGGAUUGCUCCAAGCAGAAGAAGCUGUAGGGGGGCAGUUGGUCUAGUUUAGAUUGUGAAUGUGGGUAGCAGUUAGUCGAUGCAGUUUUUUGUUAUUCAUCUUUUUCCUAGGUUGGUUCUCUCAAGAGGACGCUUAUUAUCAGAACCGCCUGUGACCCAAUGUUGUCAGGAUGGAGAUUUCAUGGAAAGUCUAAAUCAUGGGUGGAUUUGAAUCGUAGGAUAUUACACUAUAAUAUUGAAAAUUGAGUAUAAUCUUGAUUUUAAGGACAUUGGCCUAACUAGCUUAGCGAUUACUUCUAUAAAUUUCCAGCAGAGAAAAGAAAACAGAUUUUGCUGCAGAAAUAGAAGCCAACUCCCAUGGGUUCUGUACAGUUUAAAAAACACUAUGCAUGUAA